ACUGGCUGUGGCAGUGAAGUGCGGGAAUAACGUGGACAGCAGCAGCAGCAGCAGCAGCAGCAGCAGCAGCGGAGGCGGCGGCGGGAGAGCAUCGCUUGAGACUGACAACUAUUGGAGCCUGGGAUGGAGGAGUUGACAGAUAAAGACCGUGCGAAAAUGGAAGUAGACCAACUUAAGAAAGAGUUGCCUUUAGAGAGGAUGCUGGUAUCCAAGUGUGCAGAGGAACUGAAGGACUACAUUGAAUCGCAGUCUGCAGAAGAUCCUUUGGUAAAAGGAAUCCCUGAGGAGAAGAAUCCUUUCAAAGAGAAGGGAGGCUGUGUUAUCACAUGAAUCAGACGGGACUCAAAUAUUCUCUGGUCAUCAGGGUAUUUUCUACAGCCUAGUGAUCAUAGUGCAAUGAAACCCUACAGGUGGAAAACCUAAAAAACAAGAUAUGUUUUAUCGUAUACAUUGGCAAGUCAUCUUUAUAUUGUUGUUGAAGUUAAAAAGCAUUUCUGCACCUGUUGCAAAUAAAGUUGAAAAUUUGG